AUGCCACCAUCUAAUCACGAUAUCGAGAUGAACAUUUUUCCCAUUAAAGAGGACUCUCUCGCGCAAGGAAGUAGUUAUACUAUGCGCGAGCCCUUAUACGAAGAGACGUCUCCACCGCGAUUCUUCGAUCGCCUAGUCGACGGGUUCCGACGAGAUCCAAACCAGCGCAUCACCCCAGAGGAUCCUCUAGAUGAGAUCCACGCCGCCGAAGUCGCCCAGCUGCACCGUCCCAUACUUGGCAGUAACGGGUCGCCGCGGCCGCACUCCUACGAUGUACGGCUAGCCAACUUACAAACUGCGCAGUCGCAUCUCGCGAGGAAGCUGAAAGGCCGCCAUCUGCAGAUGAUAGCCAUAGGGGGUUCUAUUGGUACCGGGUUGUUCGUCGCCUCAGGACGCGCCCUCGAAGUUGGUGGCCCGGCUUCGUUGCUUGUCGCCUAUCUCUUCAUAGGUUGUAUGUUAUAUUGUACCGUCCAGGCCCUCGGUGAGCUUGCCGUCUGUUUCCCGGUUGCAGGGUCCUUCUCCGCCUAUUCCACCCGCUUUCUAGACCCUUCUUGGGGAUUUGCCAUGGGCUGGAAUUACGCCCUGCAAUGGCUAGUCGCGCUGCCACUUGAAAUCAUAGCGGCCUCUAUCACCAUAACGUAUUGGAACCCCGACUUAAACAAGGCAAUCUUCGUCACCAUAUUCUUGAUUGCCGUUGUUGCGAUCAAUUUAUUUGGCGUCAAGGGCUAUGGUGAGGCUGAAUUCGUCUUCGCCAUCAUUAAGGUCAUCGCAGUCAUUGGUUUCAUCUUGCUAGGAAUCGUCUUAAACAUUGGAGGUGUGCCGGGUGGUGGGUAUAUAGGAGGGUUAUAUUGGCGGGAGCCGGGUGCCUUUCAUAAUGGCUUUAAAGGUCUCUGCAGCGUCUUUGUCACUGCUGCUUUUGCUUUUGCCGGGACGGAACUGGUUGGGCUCGCUGCAGCUGAGACAGCGAAUCCACGCAAAUCGCUCCCUACAGCUAUCAAGCAGGUGUUUUGGCGGAUAACCCUAUUCUAUAUUGUAGCCCUCUUUCUCAUCGGAUUGCUUGUGCCGUACGAUGACCCACGUUUACUGAUCCCGGGAUCGGCGUCCGCCGCGGCGUCUCCCUUCGUCAUCGCCAUCGAGAAUGCAGGUAUCGACGUACUGCCAUCGGUGAUGAAUGUCGUUAUCUUGAUCGCCGUCCUGUCUGUCGGAAACUCCUCCGUCUUCGGUUCCUCGCGAACACUCGCCGCCUUGGCUGAUCAGAAUCAAGCACCAAGGAUCUUAUCCUACGUUGAUCGUCGGGGGCGGCCUUUGGUGUCCAUCAUGAUCGCGUCAUCUAUGGGCCUCCUCGCAUAUCUUGCUGACCUCAAAGAGCAAGGCGUCGUGCUGGACUGGCUUGUUGCCAUAUCUGGACUUUCCUCUAUAUUUACUUGGUCAUCUAUCUGCCUGGCGCACAUCCGGUUCCGUCGAGCAUGGACACAGAAAGGCCAUAGUCUGCGCGAGCUGGCGUUCAAGUCCCAGUGCGGCGUCUUCGGCUCCUACCUAGGUCUCCUCUUCAACAUACUGGUAUUGGUGGCCCAGUUCUGGGUCGGCGCGUGGCCCGUGAACUGGGAAGAUCAAUCUUCCAGCGAGUUGGCUAAAAAUUUCUUUCUGCAGUAUAUGGCCGUCCCAGUCGUCAUUGUCUUCUAUGUCGCGCACCGCCUUUACGCUCGCACGAGCUUUAUAAAGACCGCCGAUAUGGAUAUUGACACCGGUCGCCGAGAUUUCAAUCUGCCGAUCCUGCUUGCUCAAGAGGCCGAAGAACGAAGGGGUUGGCCGAAGUGGAAGAGAUUUUAUAGAUUUUUCUGUUAG